AUUGGCUCCAAGCACUUGACAGGAAAAUACAAUGGUUCCUGCUGUCAAACUUGUAACAGCUAUAUAUAAGAACGCUCGUGGACAGGUAAUGCAUCCUAACGGCGCGAGAGCAACGUUAACGUGGAUGUAGGAGUUUGCAGAAAGUCGACAGACUCAGAGGACAGGAUGAGUGCGUCUGUGGCAGUGUACAGGAACAUUUAUACAGAGGACCGUUUCAAACAGACUUAUGGUACCGAGGCCAAACCGCGCGAGCGCCUUCGGGAGAGACUGUGCGCGCGCUGCCGCUGCUCUCAGCUCCACUGCCUCCACCUGCUCAAGCAGCGGAUGCCCAUUUUCAACUGGCUGCCGAAAUACAGACUCAGGAAAUGGAUUUUAGGAGACACAGUGGCAGGGCUGACGGUCGGGAUUCUACACAUUCCCCAAGGAAUGGCUUUUGCAUUAUUGACAUCAGUGGCUCCAAUCUACGGCCUGUACACAUCGUUCUUCCCUGUAGUCCUCUACAUGCUGUUUGGGACGGGGUGUCAUGUCUCCACAGGUACUUUUGCAGUAGUGAGUCUGAUGACCGGCACGGUGGUGGAGCAGCUGGUGCCGACUCCUCCUGAUCUGAACUGCAGUAGCCCAGAGAUUUCAGAGCUCGAGGAUCAGAGGAUCGAGGUGGCCUCAGCUGUAGCAUUCCUGUCAGGAGUGAUGAUGCUUUGCAUGUUUGGUCUGCAGUUGGGUUUCCUCUCCACAUACCUAUCAGAGCCCAUUGUUAAGGCAUUCACCAGCGCAGCCGCAUUUCAUGUGACUGUCUCUCAGCUGCAGAACAUGCUGGGAUUACGGCUUCCUCGCCACACGGGCACCUUUUCCCUCUUCAAGACACUGGCCUCGGUGAUGGAGAACUUGCCCCAUACUAACCUCGCUGAGCUGAUGAUCUCACUGCUCUGCCUAGCUGUGCUCGUUCCCGUCAAGGAAGUGAACACACGUUUUCGCCAGCGUCUGUGCACUCCCAUUCCUGUGGAAAUUCUCACCGUUAUAAUUGCUACAGGAGUUGCUUAUGCCUCCUCUCUGGAUUCCAGAUAUGAUGUCCAGAUAGUGGGUCACAUUCCAGCAGGGUUCCCUCGGCCUCGACUGCCUGCUUUGCACACAAUACCGGACAUAGCUGGCGACACAGUUGCUAUCACAUUUGUAGGAUAUGCCGUGUCUGUGUCACUAGCAAUGAUAUACGCUGAUAAGCAUGGCUAUUCUAUUCACCCUAAUCAGGAGCUGUUAGCACAUGGCAUUUCCAAUACAGUAUCUUCCCUGUUUACCUGCUUUCCCAGUUCCGCUACACUGGCCACCACUAACAUUUUGGAAAGUGCUGGUGGUCACACACAGCUCUCAGGUUUGUUCACAAGUCUGGUGGUCUUGAUUGUGCUGCUUCUCAUUGGCCCUCUGUUCUACUUCUUACCUAAGGCCGUCCUAGCGUGUAUAAAUGUGACCAGCUUGCGGCAAAUGCUCUUGCAGUUUCAAGACCUGCCAGAUCUGUGGAGGGUUAGCAGGAUCGACUUUAUGGUGUGGCUAGUGACCUGGCUUUCAGUGGUUGUGCUAAAUGUGGAUUUGGGUUUGGCUAUUGGAGUGGUUUUCUCCAUGAUGACUGUCAUUUGUCGCACACAGAGAGCUAACUGCUCAGUGUUGGGAAGAGCCUCCAAUACAGAGAUCUACCGGCCCAUCAACAAUCACAAUAAGUGCUAUGAAGUACCCGGAGUGAAGAUUCUGACCUACACUGGACCAAUCUACUAUGGCAACCGCAGUUUUUUUAAGGCAGAUGUGAACCAGCUGCUCGGUCUCACACCUGAGCGUAUCCACAGCCGUGAGAAAGCCAGGAAGGCGCUGGAAAGGAGGGAAAAAGACUCCAUCAACACUGUGGACCGGGGACUAGCAAACGCGUCAUUUUCCUCUGAGAAUGAGUUCUUCAACUCAGCAGAGAAUGAUGUCCAGACCAUACUAAUCGACUGCAGCAGUGUUAUUUUCGUGGAUGUUGCAGGAGCCAAGCUGUUCAUACAGAUGUGUAUUGAUUGUCAGAAGAUGGGAAUGCGGAUAUUCUUGGCCAACUGUAAUGAAAGCGUAUUGGAGAUUCUUACAGCAAGUGGCUUGAUGAGCUACAUGAACCCACAGCACAUCUUUGUCACAGUCCAUGAUGCCGUUGUCUACAUCCAGCAGCAAAGGGAGAAGCCUGGUUCAGAAAACACGAUGAUUUGGGUGUGAAUAUCCAAGAGCAUCAUUAAAAAAAGAGAUAAAAAAAAGACCAGCUACUUUAGAUAGCUAUUCAAAACACUGGGCAUAAACAAAGCUGCUACCAAAAAAUCUUCUGUAGUGGAUUUCUUUAACUUCCUGAUAGUUUAUUCAGAGUGGGACAUGUGUCACUUUGAUCACUGUGGUAGCUAAUGAAGCCUGCACUAUUGCUGCGAGUCUUAUGAAGCACACACAAUUACUGUACAUACCAUACUCAUAUGUUUUAAAGGUUCAUGUGCACAAAAAAUAUGCACACACACACACACACACACACACACGUGCCUGCUCUCUCUCUCUCUCUCGCUCUCUCUCCCUCUCUCUCGCUCUCUCUCUCUCUCUCGUUUCCAGGAAUGCCCAUAUUUAGGGGUUUAUGGGAAGAAUGAGACCACUAAUUACCUGUCCUUUAGUAUGUUUGUAUGCUGCAAAACUUGUGACCAUUCCUUAGAAGUAUUUAUUUAUUUCCAUUUUCUUGUAUGGUUUUUAAUUGAAUCUACAUUUUUAUAAUCUCUCCUAAAGAAAGAUGCACUGAAUGGCCAAAAUGUAUUUUAAUAAAUUUUGAAAAUGGUCUUCACUAUGAAUAUUAGUUUUCUUGUAACUAUGUGGACUAUGAAGAUAAUAUUCAUAAAUCAGUGUCAGGACUAUAUACAAUACAAAUAUACUCAGCAAAAAAAGAAACGUCCUCUCACAUUCACCUGCUUUUA